AUGGAUUUUGAAUUAAUGAAUAGUGUAGUAGGAAGCUAUCUUAAACCUCCAGAAAGAAUGUUUGUUCCAUCAGUCACCCAGUAUGAAUCAUCGCAGAAUUGCCAUCCUGUGAACCUAGAAGUAACCUCCCCUAAAAUGCCUCAUAGUCCAAAUAGCCAAGCUCAUUUUUUAGCUCUAAAAACUCUUCAGGACAAGAUUCAUCGUUUAGAAUUAGAGAGAACACAAUCUGAAGAUAACCUGAACAUUCUUUCCAGAGAAGCUUCACAGUAUAAGAAGGCCUUGGAGAAUGAAACAAAUGAGAGAAAUCUGGCACACCAAGAACUGAUAAAGCAGAAAAAAGAUAUAAGUAUACAGCUAAACUCAGCCCAGUCUCGCUGUAUUCUUCUAGAAAAGCAACUAGAAUAUACAAAUAGAAUGGUUCUUAAUGCAGAGCGAGAGAAGAAUAUGGUCCUAGAACAACAGGCUCAGCUUCAAAGGGAAAAAGAACAAGAUCAUAUGAUGCUGCAUGCAAAACUUGAAAAGCUUGAUGUCUUAGAAAAAGAAUGUUUUAGACUUACAACGACUCAGAAAACUGCUGAGGACAAGAUUAAACAUUUAGAGGAAAAACUUAAGGAAGAAGAACAUCAGCGUAAACUAUUUCAAGACAAAGCUUCUGAGCUUCAAACUGGACUUGAAAUCAAUAGAAUUUUAAUGUCUUCCAUUUCAAAACCAAAAUACUCUAAGGAAAUGAAGAAAUCUUCAAAGAUAAUGCAACAUUGUGACCAACGCGCCCUUCCAAAGCGGUCUGAAGUUACUGAACCUAGAUGUCGCUGUAGGCCUAGUAGAAGACCUUCCCAAUGUAAAGCUGUAACUCCUGACUCAGAAAUGUCCAUUUCCAUUUGUGAUAAUUUGUCUGAAGUUUUGAUGGCAAUGCAAGAUGAGCUGGACCAAAUGAAUAUGGAGCAUCAAGAAAUAUUGAAUCAAAUGAAGGAAACUGAGAGCCAUUCAGUCUGUGAAGAUAUAGAAUGUGAACUAGAGCAUUUAGCCAAGAAAAUGGAAAUUAAAGAAGAACAAAUUUCCAAACUGAAGAAGCAUCAAGACAGUGUCUGUAAACUGCAGCACAAAGUUAAAAACUUAAAGAUGAAUGAAGCUUCAGGUAUUCGGCAAGAAGACAGCAACCCUAAAAGAUCAAAGAACAUAAAAAAUAGUCCCAGAAAAUGUUUGCAUGACACUAACCCUCCACAGAAAAACAGCAGCCUUCCUCCAAAACAAGUCCAUAAUCUUCUAAUGAAAUUGAGAAAAGAUUAUAUCUUGUGGGAACAGUAAAACAAUAGCAAAACUGUCAUCUUAAAUGAACUGUCAAUGAGAUCUUGAAUUGUCUGAAGUGGUUUUAAUUUAAUAUAUCUUUAUGAAAAUUUGAAUUAUGUUUCUAGCCUCUAUAAAGGGUAAAGUUGUAGUAUUUUUAAAUUAAUGUCUAAUAACCUGAGUCCCAAAUAAUAAA